CCAUUGAAUUAUACACUUUAAAUUGGUGAAUUGUAUGAUAUUUGAAUUAUAUCUCAAUAAAGCUAUUCUUUUGAAAAAAGAGGAUUAAGAAACACUAAAACUCUGAGUUCUGACUUUUCUCUGGUCUCCAAAAGAUCUGUUUCCUUUCAUUGGAAAUUUUGUGUUAGUUACUCUUUUUCUUCAUUAUAACCAGAUCAGAAUUGGAAUAGCUAUUAUUUUACUGUGCACUACAGAAAGGAAGAUGCCUCAAGUACAUACUUUUUUUUUUUUUUGCAAGAGCACCAAUUACCGUUGGUAGUCUUUUUCAUCCUAAUACUUGAGUCUGUGAAUUUGGGGACAUAAUAUCAUAUCUUAGGUAUGAAAGUCAUAGCCCAAGGGUAAAGAAAUUAAAUUUUGUUUAGCACCUUCUAAGUGCCCACUUUACAAACUUGGGGAGGUAAAGUAACUUGCUAAAUUUUUUAUCUUGUAGAAGUAAGCAGUUUGAACAUAUGUUUCUAUGACUCAAAAAAUUUUCUUUCCAGUGCCUCAGUUAUUUCCUACUAAGAAAACAACCCUGGAUUUAAAAGUGUUGGAGAAAUUCUGCAUUUACAUUUCAAAGGAUGGAUAGGAUGACAGAAGAUGCUCUUCGCCUGAAUCUAUUGAAGCGGAGCUUGGACCCAGCAGAUGAGCGAGAUGACGUCCUGGCCAAGCGACUCAAAAUGGAGGGGCAUGAGGCCAUGGAACGUCUGAAAAUGUUGGCACUGCUCAAACGGAAGGAUUUGGCAAAUCUUGAGGUGCCUCAUGAGUUACCCACCAAACAGGAUGGCAGUGCUGUCAAGGGCUAUGAAGAGAAACUCAAUGGGAACCUCAGGCCUCAUGGAGACAACAGGACUGCUGGAAGGCCAGGCAAAGAAAACAUCAAUGAUGAGCCUGUGGAUAUGAGUGCUAGACGGAGUGAGCCAGACAGAGGAAGGCUAACUCCCUCCCCAGACAUCAUUGUUUUAUCUGAUAAUGAGGCUUCCAGUCCCCGUUCCAGCUCCCGAAUGGAAGAAAGACUCAAAGCAGCCAACCUAGAGAUGUUUAAGGGGAAAGGCAUUGAGGAACGGCAGCAGCUCAUCAAGCAGCUGAGGGAUGAGCUGCGACUGGAAGAAGCUCGACUGGUGCUGUUAAAGAAACUAAGACAGAGUCAGCUACAGAAAGAGAAUGUGGUACAGAAGACUCCAGUUGUACAGAAUGCAGCAUCUAUUGUUCAGCCAUCUCCUGCCCAUGUGGGACAGCAGGGCCUAUCCAAGCUUCCCUCCCGGCCUGGGGCCCAAGGGGUUGAACCUCAGAAUUUGAGAACAUUACAGGGUCAUAGUGUCAUCCGUUCAGCAACCAAUACCACCCUCCCACACAUGUUGAUGUCUCAGCGUGUUAUUGCACCAAACCCAGCCCAGCUACAGGGUCAGCGUGGCCCACCUAAGCCUGGCCUUGUACGCACCACAACACCCAAUAUAAAUCCCACCAUCAAUUACCAGCCGCAGUCAAGUUCUUCUGUUCCCUGUCAGCGCACAACAUCCUCUGCCAUCUAUAUGAAUCUUGCCUCCCAUAUCCAGCCAGGGACCGUGAACAGAGUGUCCUCACCACUUCCUAGCCCCAGCGCUAUGACCGAUGCUGCCAACUCACAGGCUGCAGCCAAAUUGGCUCUUCGCAAACAGCUGGAAAAGACACUCCUGGAGAUUCCACCCCCUAAACCUCCUGCUCCCUUACUUCACUUUCUGCCUAGUGCAGCUAACAGCGAGUUCAUCUACAUGGUAGGCUUGGAAGAAGUCGUACAAAGUGUUAUCGACAGCCAAGGCAAAAGCUGUGCCUCACUUCUGCGGGUCGAACCCUUUGUUUGUGCCCAGUGCCGCACAGAUUUCACCCCUCACUGGAAGCAAGAGAAGAAUGGUAAGAUUCUAUGUGAGCAGUGUAUGACCUCCAACCAGAAGAAGGCUCUAAAAGCUGAACACACCAACCGGCUGAAAAAUGCUUUUGUUAAAGCUCUACAGCAGGAACAGGAAAUUGAACAGCGAUUACAGCAGCAGGCAGCCCUCUCGCCGACUACAGCUCCAGCUGUGUCCAGUGUCAGUAAACAAGAGACCAUAAUGAGACAUCAUACACUUCGGCAGGCUCCACAGCCACAAAGCAGCCUCCAGCGUGGCAUACCCACAUCUGCCCGUUCCAUGCUUUCCAACUUUGCACAGGCACCCCAGCUGUCUGUGCCAGGUGGCCUCCUUGGUAUGCCAGGUGUCAACAUUGCAUACUUGAACACUGGCAUCGGAGGACACAAAGCCCCCAGUUUGGCAGACCGACAGCGGGAAUACCUUUUAGACAUGAUCCCUCCCCGGUCUAUAUCGCAAUCCAUCAGUGGACAGAAAUAACGCCUGUUCCACUUGUACUUCCCCAACCUUGAAUCCUUUACCCCUCUCUCCCUUUGCCCCAACUUCCGUCGCAUGCAGUGCCUGUACUGGUGCCUACCAUACACGGAAAACAAAACAGAAAAACAGAAGACAAAAAAUAGAAAUCAACAAGAAAACACAUGCCCUGCCCCUUCACCUCCCCUUUAUUUCACACUGCUGCGAUAUGUUCUUCUGCCGCUCUGUCUUCUCUCUUCAGUUUUCUUUAACAGUGAGGUGAAUAUUCACCUCUGACAGAGGUGAGAAUGAGGUCCUGGGGAGAAAUCUAAGCCCUCUGACGUGUGUUUCUAAAGUUUGUUUUUAUGCUAUAAUGAUUAUCAUUAUUUUUAAUGAUGUUGUGUGUCCUCCCUUUGUUCAGUGGACGGUUAAACCUUUUUAUUUCCCCCCAAUAUUUUUCUUUUCCUUUUUUCUUUCCCCCCCUCUUUUUUUUUAAUAAACACAGAUGACAUUCAGUUAAAUGAUAGGAGCAUUGCAGUAGGGUCCCAGCUGCCAGGUAGGAGGACAUGACUAGGAGUGUUAGGGCAGAGUUCUUAUGUAUGCACUUAACCAGGAGAGGUGGUGGCAUCAACCAAGGAGGAACAGCACACCCACUGUGGAGCCUCUGGGCUGGACAGUUCAGGAGGCAGUGUUCAGUAUUGAAGUUGGUCUCUAAGAAUGAGGGGGAAGAGCCUGGAGGGAGAAGCUUUAAAAUUUAACCACCCUGCAGUUGACUCAUAGAGAGGGGCACAAAGGCGCAUGAUGAUGAGCAUAAUGUUGAGCCAAGGAGGACUGAGACCAGGUCCUGGCCUUCUGGGUGCUGGGGGGAUAAGAUUGGUCUCCUGAUCCCAGUUGGAGACAUGGAAGUCUAUUCCAGGCUAACUGGCCCAAAAUAAUUAUUUCAUCUUAUUUUCUUCAUAAAACUUGUCCCCACCCCCACUUUUUUUUUUUUUUUAAUCCUAAUCUUCCCCUGGUAACCACAGCCCCAUUUGUAUUACAGAGGAAUAGCUGUUCCCAGCCUGAGUUUGCUGGGUAUCCUAGAGUUGGAACGGGCAUGAGUUAGUGAAAUGAUGAAGGGAAGAAACAGACUUAAAGGGAGGAAGAGGGGCUUUCUCUCCCAGCAGUUGAGGCUCACAUUUGUCUCUGUCUUCACCCUCUGAGUGCAGGAGGUGAGUGAGGGCACCUAAUCAAGUUGGAGUCCUGCCCUGACCCUGCUGCACUGACUGCAGAACCAACUGCUCAGAACCAGAUCACUCAUGUCCAAACCAGCUUUGGGCCUGUGCUAGUAAAGUAGUUGUCUCCACCCACCCCUCCCCACCCCCUUGAAUUCUAUUAAUUUUGUUUCCCCCACCCCCACCUUAAGCGCUACUAAUGUAGAGAAUGAAUUGAAUUGUGCAAUGUUGCUGUUCUGGGGAUUGGGGAGGUUAGCAUCCCAUUUGCCCAUUCCAUGGGGGAGGGGGAAGGGACCAGGCUGUUUUUGAGGUAAAGGGAAGUCCCAUAAAGGUGGGGUUCCUGCUUUCAUAGUGUACACCCACCUGCCUCUCCAGCUCUAGAAGCUAUCACAGUGCGAGGAAGGGAUACUCUUAAGCAGAGAGGUGUGAAGAGGAGUUCAACAUUUUGCCCUUGAAAGCCACCUGGGGAAGUUCCCCCAUUUUUAUUUUUUAAAAUUAAAAUAAUUUUUUUUAAGUAAGAAGGCACUUUUAAAAUUAAUACACACACAAACUGCACAUCUUCCCUAUAAAGUUUGGGGAUGGGAUGGGAGAAGGAGCUAGAAUCAGGCUCAGUUCUCCCCACUCUGGCCUCUAUUCCCCAUACCCCAGAGCCACUGUGGGUGAUUAUACUGGCCCUGCAAGGCCUUCCUGGCUUUUUUCUUUCCUCCCUUCCCCCAAAUUCAUUGAGCACUUAAUAAAGGAGCAGAGCUACAGCCUAUGUCUGGGCUCCCCCAGUGGUGAAAUGAUCUGGAAGCUAGACACUAGUAACAGGUAGUGAUGGGGUCGUUUCGAGUAUUUUUCUGGGGAAUGUGGUAUCCCUGACUAUAAGUGGUGGGAGGGGGGUGUUAAUGGAACUGGGAGUGGGAUUAUUUUAAAAUUAUAUAUAUAUAUAUAUAUAUAUAAAGAUAUAUUCUUACAUCGUUUCUUUGCCCUCUGUGCUUUGAAAGCACUGGAUAAAUGGUUUGGUUUUGCUUUUCUCUCUUCCAUGAAAUUGGAAGCUUUUUUAAAAAAAAUAUUUUCCCUACAAGUCAUCUUGCCUUGUGGCAUGUCUGUCUAGCCUCUUCCUCCCCACCAUGAUGAAGUGCCAUUUCUGUUAUGUCUCCCCUCCCCCAGCUCAGAGGUGCUCAGAGGUACGAGGUCCCCAAGUUUGUCAGUUGAGAUUAAAAGUAAGGAACAGAGAAUGUGCAAUACCGUUUGGCUGGGGGCUGUCCCUGCCCUGAGCUGAGCCCCUUCCCUGGGAGCCAGGCCACCUUUGAAUAGUGUUUGGAAGUAAAGUGUAGAGAAAGGGGAAUGUGAUGGGGAAGGAAAGCCUAUAGCUGAGUGCCUGCCAAGGUGCUGAGGCAAUGGGGGAGAGGGUGGAGUCUUCCCUACUUUUAUCCCCUCAGGGUCAAUUACAUAGAGGCUGCUUAUUCACUAGUAUAGCUCCAUGACCCUUUGCUCAAUCGCUGAGGUUUGAUUUCUUACCCUCUCUUCCCAUUUUCAUACCCUUCCCAGGGGUUAGUGAUGGGGGUAAGGUUUCCCUAAUCAUGAUAAAGUGUUAGCCUUCCACCUCCUUCCUUCCCUCCCUCUCCCCUGUCCUCCUGUCUUCCUCAUUUCUCUACUUUUUCACCACUGAUUACCUUAUGUCCCUCCAAGCCUAUUGUUGCUGUCCAUCCCCAGGCCUUGGGCCCCAUAGACACUAAAGACAGGAGGAAAGACCCUCUGUUCAGAGCUAUCCUUUACCCCAGAGAGCUCUGAAGCUCAGGACAAUAUAGUGAGGAUCCCACUAGUUCUGCCUGGCUGUCUCCAUCCCCAAAGGCUCUAAAAGUAGUAGUUUAUGGACAGUGGCUUACUCCCUGGAACAGGUGGAUGAGUGGUAAGGCUUGAGUAAAGCUGAGGGACAGAGGUCCUUAUUUGUUUUUUUUUUCCUUUCUUUUUUUUCUUUUUGUCACCUGAACACAGCAUCUGGACUUCCUCUAUCCCUGGAAUAAGUAUUUUUUUCCACAUUUUUGUAUGUAUGUAUGGUAGACAUUUUUUUUUAAGACAGAGAUAAAUGUGUUCCUGCUUUGGUUACCUUUCCUUUCCCCUUUAAAACGAAUUAGCUAUAGAACUGCUUUGUAAAGAUGCUUCUUGAUAUUUUACUUUUGUUCCUUUUCCCCAUCCACUCCCUUUUCUCCUCACUCUUCCAGAAGGUAUAACCCUUCUUUCCACCCCACCCUACCCCAGUCCUAGGCUCCCUUCCCCUCCAACAAGACCUUCAUUAGCUUAUGAUAUUUGCUGCCGAGAUGUUAUAACAAGGACUCAUUCGUGUAUAUAAGCUAUUUCUUGAUCCAUUUAAAAGGAAUUGUACAUUGUGUAGAAAAAAAAAAAAAAAAACUGAAAA